GUUACUGCUCAGCAUUAUAAUAAUUCGACGAUACCACCCUCGACAGCAAGCUCAUCUUCUUUCAGUGGUAAUUUUUCCAUGAUGAACGAUUCCGAACAGCCAACAUAUACAACAUUAGUUCCACCACCACAACAACUAGCAUCAUCGGGAAUUAAACUUCGUGGGAUAGAUGGUUGUGGUAAUGGCGAUGAUUCAAUGGCUACAACAUCAACGGAUGAAGAAUUGGAAACAAUAAGCCAUAGUAGCAGUCAUAAGAGCAUACAAAUGGGCGAUGCAAAUAGCCUGGAUAGUAAUUGUCAUUUGAUGAGCCGAAAAAAACGACGAGGCAUGAUUGAAAAACGUCGACGAGAUCGUAUCAAUAAUUCAUUACAUGAAUUGAAACGUCUAGUACCUGCUGCAUUCGAAAAACAAGGUUCAGCCAAAUUGGAAAAGGCCGAAAUUCUUCAGAUGACUGUCGAUCAUUUAAGGAUGCUACAUUCGAAAGGAUUCGAUGCAUUUUCAUUUGAUCCGCAUAAAUUUGCCACCGAUUAUCAUAUCAUUGGAUUUCGUGAAUGUGCGGCCGAAUGUGCACGUUAUCUUGUCGUACAUGAAGGAUUGGAUUUUCAGGAUCCACUUCGACUUCGUUUAAUCAGUCAUCUUCAAUGUUAUUCCGCACAGCGUGAAAUUAGCCUCAAAUCUAGUACCGGAUGGAAUCCAAGUUUGUUCACAACACCUAUGAAUAAUUCGGCACAACCGUCUUCAUCAGCUACAUCAACAUCGACCAGCUCGACAUUGGCAGCAUCAACAACUUCAGCUACGAUCACGAAUAGUAGCAGUACAUUUCAUUCAUCAUCAUCGUCAUCAACAACGACUAAUACAACUUCUCAGGCACCUAAUUCCGGUUGUAGCGAUUCAAAUAAUAACAUGCAAACAUCCAUGCCAUCCUCAUAUCAACAAACAUCCAACGUCAAAUCCGAUUCUAAUCCAUCUAAUACACAACAUUCCUCAUAUAGCACUGGUUAUUAUGGACAAUAUGAUACCACUGGAAAAUUGGAUCAGAUAAAUGGCAUUAGUUCAAUGUCUUGUAAUAAUACCGGAAUUAAAUCACCAAUGUCACCUGCAUUCACGACAUUGAAUUAUCCAGGUGCUUCUUCAGCCACCGUAGCCAUUCCUAAUUCCCCAUCGACAACGACCAAUUCGUAUUCAUAUUCAUAUCCGGCUGCUGGUGUGGGCGGUUCAUAUUUUGCACCAACAGCUACUGCUGCCAGUUAUAUGACAACAAUGAUGCCUGGUGCAGCAUCUAUGGCUGUUGCUUCCGGUAGCAAUCAACCUGGCAUUCCAGGCCAAACUGGACAAUCAAAUGGACAAACAAAUGUGAAUUCAGUUAAACACUAUCGUCCAUGGGGCACCGAAUUGGCAUAUUGA